UGAGAGGACCACUUCAACUGGUUCUUUGACCAUUUCAUUGCUCAUUUUAACCAUGGACGACCAUGCACCACUGGAGAGUACCGGCAUCGAGGAGCCUCUUGACCUCGUUCGCCUGUCAUUAGACGAACGCAUCUAUGUUAAGCUUCGUGGAGACCGUGAGCUUCGUGGCAAACUUCAUGCAUAUGACGGUCAUUUGAACAUGGUUCUGGGCGAUGUCGAAGAAACGAUCACUGUUGUGGAUGUGAAUGAGGAAACUUUGGAGGAAGUUAUCAGAAUUGUCAAAAGGAACUGUGAGAUGCUUUUUGUCCGCGGCGAUGGAGUUAUUUUGGUUUCGCCACCAUCGCGUGCAUAGAAGUAGAGUGAUAGCAAAAAAAAAAAAAAAAAAAAAAAAAAAUUCAACAAAGUUAUUAAAC